GGGGGAGGGAUAAGGCACAAGGUAUAGGAGGAGUGAUGACGUCAGACAAGGUACAUUCAUUCAUUUGUUUUACGAGAGAAAUUUGGUCGACAGAAACAAUGUAAAUCUGUUGGAGGGACUGUUCUUGUUGAACUGAAUUCAUUCCUGAAAUUUAACACCUACGUCACUCUAGAAGAGUCAGCUCUGUUGUGAGCUGUGGAACCAAGUCUCAGAAAUGCUGUCAAAAGUUAUGGGCUGUAACCCUUUCUCUUUUGAGUAAACCAUAACAUAAGGGGUCUGAGCUUUAUACAACAAUUCAUUAUUAUUAUUAUUACUUCAGAACGGAAGGAUGACUUUUAUCCCACCACAGUUGCCAGACAAUGUAUUAACUAAAGAAAUUACUUCUACAUAGCAACAAAAUGGACGUUGAGGGCUAAAACUUGUCACCAGAGAGAUAAGAAUGCCAACCUUUGAAAUGGUAGAGUGGCACCCUUUCGCCUCAAAUAUUUCUACAAUACUAGCUGAGAACGUUUCAAAGAAAAAGAAAAAAAAGAUUUCUUUGAAAGUGCAACAGUUCCAAGCCGAGCUUUUAGUUAUCUCCCUUGAAAUAAAGGGAGAUAAAUCGUAAUUUACUUUGCGGCGAAAAUGUCGGUUCCAGUUUGGCACCAAAGAAUCAUCUCUGUUCCACCGAAAAAGCGAGGAUGUCAUCUCAUUCAGAACGAAGUGGAAAACUCGAUGCCAGAAAUCCGUAAUUUAAAGCAUGGCCUACUUCAUAUCCUGAUUAAACAUACAUCUGCCAGCAUUGGAUUAAAUGAAAAUUGGGAUUCUGAUGUGCGAGUUGAUAUGGAAAUGUUCUUGAACCGUGUUGUACCUGAGAAUAUUCCGUAUCGACACUCGUGUGAAGGACCUGAUGACAUGCCUGCUCAUAUCAAAGCAGCCUUCAUCGGCAGUAAUCUCUCCAUCCCUGUAACUGAUGGGAAGCUGAACCUUGGGACUUGGCAAGGAUUAUGGCUGUUUGAACAUCGAAACCAUGCAAGUUCAAGAAGUCUCGUAUUAACAUUACAAGGUAUUCCAAAAUCAUGACAUUUCACCCAGGAAUUAAACGCUCUUCAAAAUUGGCAUCUCACUUGUUUGAAAGAUUUUGUAAAAACUAUUAAACUUUAACCAAUAAAAUUCUCAAUUUUUUUUUGUUAAAUCUUA